UGGAGUGUAAGGCGAGGGCUGGUGUGAGCCUGGUCAGGCUCGGAGCCCCCUUGCAGCAGCCCUGCAGUGACAUCUGCAGAGAGCAGCUCUCAGCAGGGUCACUUGGGGCUUGCGGACCCAGGAUGAAACUACUCUCAGGCUGUCCUUGUGCUUCCUUCUCGCGCUUUUGGAAUCUGCAGGCGUGGAGGCUUCUGGCCCCUUCCCGCAAUGUCCUGUGAGUCCCUGGCUCAUCCUCUGCCAGCCCAGCCCACGGAGCCCGAAGCGUACGUCUAGAUGGGGCCUGCGGUGAAGCUCAGGACUGCAGCUUCUCACCCCACACAGGAGGACCCGAGGUCAGAGUGGGCCUGGUGCUGGCGCCGACGCCGAGCCGGCUGCCCGCCAUGACCCAGGUGGGCUAGAAAGCUUGGAGGCGGCCGGCAUAACGAGGUGGGUGGCCGGGAGCCUCAGGAGGCGGUGCCUGAGGCUGUGGCCGCGCCUACACCAAAAGGCGAGCGGGGCGCCCGCUCCUAGUCGCUUCCAGGUGCCUACAGUCCCCGUUGGGUCCACGGGCUGCCCGCCCCGUGGUGUCCCAUGGUGCAGCCCUCAAUGCCCUUCCCCGUGCCGCCACAACCUCGAAACUGGGCUUGCGGGGUGGCGAUUGCAAAAGCGCGGGGUGCAAGUGGUGAACACCGCGGGGCGCCGGGCCACCCCAUCUUCUGAGACCCGGCUGAGCUCGUGGGGACUGGAUACGUCGUGGGCGGGGCCUAUAGGUGGGCGGGGCUGCGGGAAGGAGCUCCGCGGGUCACCGGAACCAGACCCCCACGCGAGCGCGUGGGCCGCGCACCAUGGGGAACCGCAGCGCGGCAGCCGGCGGUGGGCUCCUGGCGGGACGAGCGGCCGGCACGGGGGCUGCGGGCGCGGCGGCGCUGGCAGGAGGCGCGCUGCUCAUCUGCGCGGUGCUGGCGGGGAACUCGCUUGUGUGCCUGAGCGUGGCCUCGGAGCGCGCCCUACAGACGCCCACCAACUACUUCAUCCUGAGCCUGGCAGCCGCCGACCUGCUCCUCGCUCUGCUAGUGCUGCCGCUGUUCGUCUACUCAGAGGUCCACGGCGGAGAGUGGCUUCUGAGCCCCCGCCUCUGCGACGCGCUCAUGGCCAUGGACGUCAUGCUCUGUACCGCCUCAAUCUUCAACCUGUGCGCCAUCAGCGUGGACAGGUUUGUGGCUGUGACGGUGCCGCUGAGCUACGGAAGGCAAGGCCGGCGUCAGCUGCUGCUCAUUGGCGCCACGUGGCUGCUGUCCGCCGCGGUAGCGGCGCCCGUGCUGUUCGGCCUCAACGACGUGCGCGGGCGCGACCCGACCGUGUGCCGCCUGGAGGACCGCGACUACGUGGUCUACUCGUCCGUGUGCUCCUUUUUUCUUCCCUGCCCGGUCAUGUUGCUGCUCUACUGGGCCACCUUCCGAGGCCUGCGUCGCUGGGGGGCUGCCCGGCGUGCCAAGCUGCACACACAUGCGCCCAGGCGGCCCAGCAGCCCAGCGUCAUCCCCAGUGCCUGCGCUCGCCAUGGGCACCUGCAACCUGGACCGUGCGGACUGCGCGCCUAGGCUCCCCUGCGUCGAGGACCCUGCAGACCCCUUGCCCGGGCUCCCCUACGCCUUGGACCCUGAGGACCUAGCGCCUGAGCUCCCCUGCGCGUUGGACUGCGUGGACCCCGCGACGGAGCACCUCCAGGACCCCUGCGGCAAGGACUGCGUAGCUCCAGGCUUCAACCCCAAAGUGGCGCUACCGCUGCACGCCCGCAAUAGUCCGCGCGCCAAGAUCACCAGUCGCGAGCGCAAGGCCAUGAGGGUCCUGCCGGUGGUGGUCGGGGCCUUCCUGGUAUGCUGGACGCCUUUCUUCGUGGUGCACAUAACACGAGCGCUGUGUCCCACCUGCUCCGUGUCCCCGCGCCUGGUCAGCGCUGUCACUUGGCUGGGCUACGUCAACAGCGCUCUCAACCCUGUCAUCUACACCGUUUUCAAUGCAGAGUUCCGCACCGUCUUCCGAAAGGCUCUGCACCUGGGAUGCUGAGCCAGCGGGCAGGGGUACAAACCAUGUUGGAUUAAACCAAUUCCUCCCGGGCA